UAAGUGUUGGGCACUGAACUGUUCAAUGCGCCUAACGGGAUAAGGAGAGAUGGCAUGGAGCAGACAGGUCAAGAUUCGCAAGGUGCUUCGAAUAACAAAUAGUCCAGUUAAGUAUCUGAAAUGGAUCAUUUAUUAGAAGUAAUUCACAUUGGAUGUAUUUAUUUAUUUUUAUAAGAGAAAAGCUUUUUAAACUAGCGCUGUGGCUGUCCGGAACGUGGAUACAUUGUAUCUGAUUCUGACCAACUAACUUCUGUUCAUGGAAACAAUUCAGCAACAAUUGUAUCGAACGGAUUAYAGUCGAUAUUGUUGAGUUGGAAAUUCGGAAUAUAACUGUAAUUUGAAAGCGAGUGUAUUUUGGAAGUUGCCUGAUGUCUAAUGCCACUGGACGAGAAUAACUUUUCUCCACGUCGUGCUUCUUUACGAAAACCUGUCAGAAGUUAAYAAACUGUCUGAACGGACAAAUUCUUAGUUGGCUUCAUCACCAUGAGAAAGUGUGGAUUCCAGUGUCAAAUACCACGAUGGACUGAGUAUAUUUGUCACAAAUAGUUUAUUUUGAGAAUAGUGCCUUACCGUGCUUUAUAGGGAGCACUUUGACAUAUAAUAUAGCCUACAUCUGAACAAAGUCGUGAUGAUUUCGGAGGAACGAAGUAGUCAUGUAUCCAAGCAAGCCCUCAACUUUCCAGUGGGCCUAUUGAUCCGCUCCCCGAAGAAGAGCCUGGCAAAGCUGGGGAGGAAGCCAAGCAAUGGAUCCCUGCAGUCCAGCACCUCGGAUGGCACCACCCAUUCAGCAGAGAGUACAGGCGUGAGGCAGCCGGCCAAGAACAAAAUCCGGCGUCACAACAACAGACUGUCGACGGUGUUCAACCGGAGCCCCCUCCUGCGGGGUGACAGUGGGCAGGGGCAUGCCCCAGGUGGCAGGAACAUGGCRGGGGACCUGCAGGCUGCAGAUGACCCUGCUGAGCUGUCCAGUCAGAUGUCUGCCCCAGGUAUCCUAAAGAUCUUUGGCAGCGACAUUUGCCAGGGAACCAACUACAAGAGYGUGCUGGCCACGACUCGCUCCAGUGCCAAGGAACUUGUCAAAGAGGCCCUGGAGAGAUACUGUCUGGAGAAAGAGGAUCCCAGUCGAUAUGUGCUGUGCGACGUGAUUGGCCAGACCGGAGCAGACCACAAAUGGAAGACAGAGUGCUUUCGGGUCGUGGGUGACCACGAGAAGCCCCUCAUGCUGCAGUCGCUAUGGAAACCCAAAGAAGGCUUCUCCAGACGCUUUGAGAUCCAGAAGAGAGUGAGCGUMGAGGAACAGAGUGCUAAAGAGACCGACACCGUCACAGCAGGUAUCAACGCCCAGGCUCGUAAGCUCCAGAAGGGCCGUUCGCGGGUCACCUCUCUGUUCAUGGACGGCAGURGUGAGGAUGUGGAGGGCCUGGGGAUGUGGAGGAGUCUCAGUGAGAUGGACCUGUCUGCCAUGRAGAAGGAGGCYGUGCRGGCCCAGCAGAAGGSCCAGCUCAUCAGGGAGGACCCGGAGGCCGAGGCCGACAAGGARGCCCUGCGUCUGGGCAUGGAGAAGGAGGAGACGGAGAGCAGUGACGACAACACCACCCAGUACUCCAUCCACCCGCCCUUUGACUUCCCCUACUUCCUGCUGCUGCAGGGAUACAGCUACAGACAGGUAGGAAAACUGGAAAGUGAAGCUGUUGCCRCUUGCAGGAGCUUCAGUGAUGUCCAGCAGGAGCCAGAGGAUGUGCAGCUGCUGAGCAUAGAGGAGCUGAUCCCAGGCCUGCGGCCGCUGGUGCUGUGGAUGGCCAACUCCAUUGAGCUGCUGCACUUCAUCCAGCAUGACGUUCCCCAGCURCUGCCCUGGAGGCAGGAGGAAGAGGAGGAGGAGGGCUCASAGCCGGAGUCAGAGAUGUGGUCCACUAGGACUGCCAGUGAGGAGGCCAUGACAGUYCUGGAGGAGGUCAUCAUGUUCACCUUCCAGCAGUCUGUCUAUUACCUCACCAAGAGUAUGUACUCGGCACUGCCAGGCCUGCUGGAUGGGAACCCGUUCUCGGAGAGCGGGCAGCUGCGUGUGCCCAAGGGCGUGAGCGGCAUCCUGGAUGUCCUGAAGGAGGCGCUGUCUCUGCUCAACGCCUUCCAGGUGCACUCUGACAUCAGCUCGCAGCUCUGCGCCUACCUCUUCUUCUUCACCAACGCAUCCCUCUUCAACGCACUCAUGGAGAGAGUGGGAGAGAGCUCAUUCUUUCAUCUGGAGAUGCCCUCAGAUUGCUGGGUGCCAAAAAACGAGUCCAAAUCAACGGGGAAGGAGCUCAGUGAGCACGCUGCUGAGUGGAAAGAAGUUGUCAUUGAGGGCUUCCCCAUGUGGACCUGA